GCUCAUUUUGGUCACAAUUAUGUUGCAUAGAAUCGCAACGGUUUUAAGCAGUCGCACCACCAAUUGUGAAAGGGCUUUUACAGAUCGUUAUCAGGUCACUAGAAAUACAACAGUUCGGAUGAGGGGCUAUAUUCCACGUUUAUCAGUUAGCAUCCUUCAGAUUUAGAAAAUUGAUAUCAUCAAGCACGCAAGAAUACAGAUUUGACGGAUUAGAGAAUUCGCAAGUUAUCUGGAAUUUGUUUCGAAAUUGGGGAAAUGAAGAUGGAAUCAAGUACCCCACACGAUUCCAUAUUAUUAAAGACUCGAUAGUACGUUCUAAAUUUUCAUCCCUUUUUUCAUCGUCGACCUCACUACUGUACAGCCACAAUGCCACACCUCCGUCAAUGCAGUAAUCUCAGUGAGAAGUGUAUUAAAAAACAAAACAAAACGGAUGAAAGCAAGCUAAUUUACGAAGGUGCCCCUUAUCUGACAUUUUUGAUGGACAGGAAGAAGAUGAAAAUGUAUUGUUUGCUUUAGUCACGCUCACUGCACAUGUGCAUUUCAGUAAUCGGCGCCAACUGAAUAUUGGACUUAAAUUUACGCGUCAUUUUGCCAUCACGUAAUUGAGCAUUAUUGACUCGAAUCAUUUUUUCUCCGAGAAGAGGAAAAUUACGCCAAACAAACGCGGACUCGACUUGAGAUGGACGGAAUAGUCGGAAUUUAUACUGCAGAAAACAUUUUACGGCAGUUUGCGAAUCGUCAUACUUUGGAAUAUUUACAGGAAGAACAUGCAUGAGAUACAAAAUCAGUUUACAACGUUUACUUGGACAUAAAACUCUUAAGUUUUUGUGUGCGGACUAGACAACAUUUUCGAACGGGAGAACUUCGUCGAGACUAUCCAAACCUCACGGGGAGUUUGUUGAUUGGUCUCUGGACGGUUGUUCUGCCCUUGAUAAUCAAUUUGAAUUUGAAGUUUGUGAAUAUCGGCGGGUAGAGACAUAUUUUGGAGCUAUGGAGAAAGAUCUUCUCAUUGGAUAUCAAUUGAGAUAUUUUUGGUGCUAAAUGUGUGUAGCUGCGACCAUAGAUGCAUGUGGCAUGCUGGAGAGGACAGAUGAACAUGCUGAGACUGAACAAAUGUUGCUGUAUGAUUACCUGAGUGUCACUGGCCAUCGUCAGUAGAAACACUUCCAGCGUAUUGUCCGACCAGCCCGGUCUGUGUGAUUAACGCCAUCUGAAACGGUCGUGAUCCUUUCGAGACAAUGUCUUCGGAUGCAAUCUCCACCAUCACGACAGAGGUCGUCGAGCCAUCGAUGUCGGCGACAGUCGAGGUUCCUGGCUUAGCCUGCGAAACAUAUCGCGAUACAGACUUCAGUCUCUACCUUCAAUGUCUCUCAGAUACACGACAAGUAGAGGACGGAAUCGAAGAUGAGGAAGAUUUCCAUAACAUUUCAUUACCUGAGCAAUACGUGUUGACCGUUGGGUUAGGAAACUCACGGCCCGUGUUCAUCUUUCUCUACUCUCUCGUGUUUGUCGUUUCGUUCGUUGGUAACUUCGGGGUAUGCUACAUUGUCGUGAGGAAAUCUCGCAUGCGAAGUGUCACCAACUUUUUCUUAGCAAACCAGGCGCUGUCUGAUGUAUUGAUGGCCGUACUCAAUAUUCCUUUCGUGGUGACCAAGCAAUUAACUAACCUAUGGGCAGUAGGUGUGGUGAUGUGCCAUCUUGUCGACUACAUGGGUGUCAUGUCCGUCUACGUCUCGACGUUUAUUCUGACAAUCAUCGCCAUCGAUAGACAUCGGGUCCUUGUUCACCCACUACGACCUCGUAUCACGAUGUCCACUGCUAUUGUGAUCGCGAUAUCAAUAUGGAUUCUUGCCUUCCUACUCGCGAUUCCGUUCGCUGUGUUCGUGAAGUUAGUUACCUACGAAGUCGGCAGCACAACUGGUUACACCUGCAUUGAGAGCUAUCCCCACGAGCAUUGGUUCACCAUCGAGAAUGCCAUAGCCUGGAGCACUCUCAUCUUUCAGUAUAUCCUUCCGUUCACCAUCAUCGCAGCUUCCUAUAUCAGUAUUGGCCGUAAGUUAUGGUCAACUAGGGCUGUUGGGGACACAAUGGCUGCACAGCAAGCAGCAACGGCCCGCAGGAAGAUCCGAACAACAAGAUUGUUAGUUCUAGCCGUAUUGGUAUUUGGCAUCUGUUGGUUGCCUUUACAUGUAUAUCUGAUAGUCACGCGAUACAUGGCACACCACAAAGACGCUUUCACCUAUCUCUGCUGCCAUUGGUUUGCUAUGUGUAGUGUCUGCAUCAACCCUAUCGCGUUCUGUUUUCUCAACGAGAGCCUCCGUUCUGACAUCCGGGUCACCCUCAGCAAGUUCGCCAGUCGCAUAAGGGGCACCAAGAACGAUGGCGUCAACAAUCAGACGCUCUCGCAGGCGGGAAAUCCCCAUUCCGUCACCCAUCAAUCCGGUUUGACAUCCGAAGCUCCCGGUUCCCCUCGCAUGGUUCAUAAGAGGGUCGGUCCAUCUGAUGACCGGAACGGUAACCUUAUCAUGGUAGCAGCUAUUGCAGGGAACGAUGAUUUGUUACAAGGUGCCUCUCAUGUUUAAGGAACAAAUCAAUAUGGCAAUUAUUUAAAUCUAAUGAACGUUGAAUAAGCUAACGUAAACGCUAUAACUAAAAAUCGUAAUUAAAUCACGUAACCAGUCUCACCAUAUCUCAAAUGCUGCAAAUUGAUGUACAAUGUUAUGGAUGGAAAUUAAGCACCGUACUUUUGUUUCAGCAUUUUCUCUUUUUGUUCAAUUAGAAUGUUCAUUUCUAGUAACAGUUUGAUGUGGGCAGAGAUCAUAAUUCAAAUCGAAUACUGCCUUGGUGAAGAUGUCAGAAUUUUAAAGGUUUACCUCUUGUAUUUGAAGAACGCAGCACUGGAUGGAAUUUCGGCCUUUUCUAAGGAAGAAUCCGGAUGUAUGAGACACCUACAUCAAUAAAAUUGUAAAGAAUAUGGGUUUUAAGCUGUGAGACUAUUUUGAUUUUUGACAAGCGUAUUUUAGAAGUUAGAUAUGUACAUUGGAAGAUGUAUUGAAAUAAUGAUUAUAAUAUAUUCAUUAAUUUUACUGUUUUCUUAUUAAGGUAAUAGAUUUAUUGAAUUGUAAUAAAUAGUUCUGUUCAUUUUAUGUUGUACAAAAGGUAGCAAAGAAAAAAAAUCUAAAGUAAUUUUAGUUUUUGAGUUCAGCUAACGUUACUUAAAUUCUUUUCACGGUUAUCGUGAUCAUUAUGAAAACAUGUUAAUAGCAGUCAUCUGCAAUGAAAUCACCAUUGUUGUAUUCCGGGGCGGGGAGGACCGCCGCAUUUUCUGACGUGAUAGGAAAAAAAGAACAAAUGCAUUUUUUUCUCAAUGAAUAAUAGGGGCUUUAUAUAAACAUUGUUCCAAAAUUAAACCUACUCUUUGUAUAUUUUUAUUUCUCUUUCCCCUUUCUUCCUCUUUUCCGCCUCUUUCUUAACUUUUUAGAUUAAUUACUGGCAGUGAGGGAGUAAGAGGGUACUCUGUGGGCUGGGUGUAUUUGAGGGAAAUGCUCCAAGUGCAACGACAAUUUAACCAGAUAUUCCUUUGAGAAGGUUUUUUUUUAACGGAGUAUCUUGGGGGCAAUUUAUAGAGGGGGGGGGGGUGUAUAUAGCAUCAAAUAAAAAAAAUUAAGAUUGUACACUCUGACUCAAAAGGCCUGAGGGAUGGUUACAUCUCGAUAUAAUUAAUGGCCUUUAUUGUAACGUUACUAACAACAUAUAUACUUUUUAAUAAGCCCUUGGGUCCUUUGAAAAUAUUAUGAAUCGGGCCUGUGACAAAGUAAAAUAAAAGGGGGAUAGUGAUCACCAACUUGGCCCUUUGGAUAUUAACACAGUUUCAGUAUUCGGGGUGUAAUAUUCUUUGUUGUAUUAUAUCUUUGUGGCGAUAGAUGAGUGUAAAUAUUUUACAGAAAUAGAUCAAUUUCUCACACGAUUUUUUUUCCCUUUUCACAAGAAUUUGUACAACAACUUUGCCUUCCAACGCCUAUGCAUAUAUCAUAGCUAUUCUCUAUCACAGCCCGAUUGGCCUGAAGUUAGACACGAGUUUGAUCAACUUUCUUGUUCACUAUUCAUCGAGUUUUGUCAAAUUUCUAUCGCUUUCACGAUUGCAGUACAGUGCUAUUUGUAUAUUAUAUUGUAAAUAAAACACACACGGAUUUAUUCUCUA